AUGGCAACCAGACUGCAGUUGAUCGGUGGUGGAGGAGGCAGUUCAUUUGAAUUCCACGGCAUGAACAACGGUGCCACCAACAAGAAGAUCGGAGUGGCGGUGGAAGGCUGGCGGGUCAAAGCUGUGUGGGAGGAGCUAGUGGACAGGCGCGUUGCGACCUUUGGGAAUUCACACACUUUCAAUGAGUUGGAGUUCAAACUCGGCAAGCGCAUCACCAAGCUGUCGCUGUGGGGUAACGGUGCCGGCACACGUCUGGGUGCCAUCAAGUUCAUGACGAGUCAGAACCGUCAGUUCUUUGAAAAAAUUACCAGCUGGCCACUGAAGACUGAGUACACCAUAGAUGUGGGGUCUGGAAUCUGCCUGGGACUGGAGGGCAGGUCUGGCUCAGACAUCGACUACAUGGGCUUCCUCUUCAUCAACACCAUCAAGUCGUCCGUAAUGACUGACAUGGAGUAUCCCACCCUGUCCCUCUAUAAACCCCAGGUGACUCCAGAAUAUGUGAAAUCCGUGUCCCACCACAAUGACACCUCAUUGGUUCAAGAAGAGUCCAUUACAUACAGCAAGACCCUGACCAAGACUUCCUCCUGGUCCGUCAGCAACAAGAUAGAAUCCACCUUGAAUGUAUCGGUCAAAGCAGGGAUCCCGGAUCUGGUCGAGGUGUCAUCAGGGUUCAGCUUGACCGUGGGAGUGGAGCAAUCCACCAGCCUGCAGAAGACAGAGACCAUAACAGAAUUGGAUACUAUUAAAGUGAAGUUCCCGCCAGGGAAGAUCAUGGAUGUUGAGAUCACAAUGGGGAAAGCAAAUAUCGACCUCGACUACAGGGCCAAAGUGAAAGUCACCUGCAUGAACGGCAGUCAGCUGGUCUUCCCAUCCAAUGGUGUGACUUACACUUCAGUGAGGGUAUCCACAAAGGAGAGAUGA